UAAAAAAACAACAAUUAUGAUAACGAUGAUGAUGAUGUAAUAAUCACAUCAAUUAAAUAGAUAAAAAGCUCUUUGUCGACACUCAAAGGCACUUUACAGUCCACCGAAAAUGUAACAAUAAAGGUGCCCUGGUCAUGCUGGGGUGUGGGUGGCUGGGCGACCUGACUGGCAGUAGCGGGCUGGGAGGGGGGCUUCUGCCAGGAAUUGGAAGAGCACGUUGACAUGUGGCACGCACAUUUCCUGCUCUGGCUGCAGCCAAGAAAGGACGGUGACGAAUAAGAAAAGGGGAGAAGGAGGACGGAGAAGGUCUUGGAAGGGGCUCGAAGGGGUGUCGCGUGCUUAGGCCCUGCCCACUCCGGAUAAAAGGGCUGUCGGGCGAGAGUGGAGUUAACAUCUUCCCCUCACGUCUUGGAUUUGGACAUCGGCUUUCGAAUCUCUCGGGUGACCGUGAUGGAUUCUUGGCGCCGCUUCUUCAUCAGCUCGAUGAUCUGCGGCCUUCUGCCAGGCGGCUGCGUGUGCUUCAACCUGGACACCAAGCGGGCGCAGAUCUUCCGAGGCUGGGAGGAGAGCCACUUCGGCUACACGUUACGACAACACAACGCGCAAGGACGACAAUGGCUCCUGGUGGGUGCCCCCCUGGCCUGGACGGACGACCAGCAGACGGGCGACGUGUUCAGGUGUCCCAUGGACGACGGGACCACUUUCAAUUCCAGCAGCGCCUGCAGCCGCCUGCACCUGGGAAACGUGUCCGUGGACAACGUGCUGGCGCAGCGCAAAGAUGGGAUGAGACUGGGAAUGACGCUCACCACAGAUCGCAAGGACGGAAGCUUUGUGACGUGCGGCCCGCUCUGGUCUCACGAGUGCGGGAGCUCCGUCUACACGUCGGGAGUCUGCACACAUGUGGGAGAACAUUUCCAAAUCCUGGAGACCGUUAUUCCCGCUUUCCAGAGAUGCGAGACGUUCGUGGACCUGCUGAUGGUGGUGGACGGCUCCAACUCCAUCUACCCGUGGUCGGAUGUCACAGACUUCCUGGUCAACAUUCUGCGCAAGGUCAACAUCGGCCCCGGGCAGACUCAGGUAGGCGUGGUGCAGUACGGCUCCCGGGUGGCCCACGAGUUCCGUCUGGGCGAGCACCGGACGGUGGACGAGGUCCUGCAGGCGGUCGCUGACAUCAGACAGCGGGGAGGCGAGGAGACCCGCACGGCCUUAGCUAUCAACAUGGCCAGGUCACAGGGGUUCAAGCGUGGCGGCCGCGCCGGUGCUCACAAAGUGUUGGUGGUGAUCACAGAUGGAGAAUCUCAUGACAAUGCUCAGCUUGACGACGCCGUCGCGCGCUGCAAAAGCGACAACAUCACCAUGUACGCCAUCGCGGUUUUGGGGUACUACAACCGCCGCGGCAUCGACCCGUCGUCGUUUCUGAAGGAGAUCCGCUUCAUCGCCAGCGACCCGGAUGAGGAUCACUUCUUCAAUGUGACCGACGAGGCAGCGCUCAAGGACAUCGUGGACGCGCUGGGAGAGCGGAUCUUCUCACUGGAAGGAAGCGACGGGCUGGGGCGGGGCUUCGGCCUGCAGAUGGCGCAGGCGGGGUUCUCCUCCCACCUCCUGCAGGACGGCCUCCUGCUGGGCGCAGUGGGCGCGUACGACUGGAACGGCGCCGUGCUCAAGCGCAACCCGCAUGGAAAUCUCCUUCCCGAUCCGUCAGCGUACGGCGACCAAUUCCCCGAAGAGCUUCGGAACCACGCCGCCUAUUUCGGGUACUCGCUGGGGUCGCUUGUGGGCUCGGGCGGGUCGGAGGUGGUGCUGGCGGGAGCGCCCCGGUUCAACCAUAGCGGCAAGGUCGUCAGCUUCACCUUGGAUCGCCGUGGAAACGUCAACGUCCUGCAAGCACUUGUUGGAGAGCAGAUGGGUUCUUACUUUGGCAGCGUGUUGUUGUCGAUGGACGUGGACGGCGACGGCGAGAGUGACCUCCUCCUAGUGGCCGCGCCUAUGUACUGCAGUCAAGAUGCGCACGAGACGGGAAAAGUAUACCUCUAUAAAGUCAACACACAAUCACAGGCUCUGUUGGUGCCGAAGGGGGCGCUGCUACCGUCACCCGCUCUCAAUUCCCGCUUUGGCGCGGCGCUGGUUCAAAUUCCCGAUGUAAACGCAGACGGCUUUAACGAUCUGGCGGUGGGCGCCCCGCUGGAGGACGACCACCAGGGUGCGCUCUACUUGUAUCACGGCCACCAUCGGAGCAUACACCUGCGCCACACGCAGCGCCUUUGCGCAGCCACCUUCGACAUGGGACUCAAAUACUUUGGCCAAAGUCUUGACGCUGCCAAGAACGAUGACGGCGACGUGAGUGUCGCCGUCGGAGCACUGGGAGCCGCCGUCAUUGUCCGGUGUCGGCGGGUCGUGCGUCUGGAGUCCACGCUGACGUUCGAGCCUGAGAAAGUCAACGUUUUCCACAAGGACUGCUGGAGAGGAGGGAAACCGGUCACUUGCAUGGCCGCCACGGUGUGCCUGCGGCUUCACGACGUGGCCGGCACGCACGCCGCCGCCGGCCAACAUGUCGCAGCGCACUACUAUCUGAAUUUGGACGAGAAGCGAGUUCCUCAUCGAGCCGUCCUGGAUGAGCGCGAAGGUCUUCAGACGAAAACCAUGACGCUCACGACCGGAAGGCCACAAUGCCGGCGACACGCCUUCACAGUGCAGGACACGAUGGAUUACAGCCGUCCAAUCGCGGUGGGGCUGGAGGCGGGGUUACGGAGUUCCGACGAUGGGCCGAUCCUGGACCCUGAUUGGCCGAGCACACUGAAGGCCGAGCUUCCAUUUUGGAACGGCUGCAGGGAUGAAGACGCUUGCGUUCCGGACCUUGUCAUCGAGAGUCACACUGACCUCAUCAACUUUCAACACUGGUGCGCUUCCCCGGAAGGGUUGCAGCGGCGAGCGUGCCGCCAGCAGGGGGCGCCUGGAGACAGCUGGCUGGUGGAGACCACGCGGAGGAGGGUGGCACUCCUCGCCCGCCUGGAGAACCGAGGAGAGAACGCCUACAGGUCGUCCGUCCUGCUCUCCUCUUCGCCAAAUCUGAUUUUCGCCGGCCUCGUUGUCAAGGACCAAUCCGACGUGCAGAUGGAGUGCUUCCCUCAGGAGACCAAUCGGACCAGAUGUAACAUCAGCGCGCCUCUCAUGAAGGCCUCUUCUCGGGUGUUUUUCCGAGUGGAGUUUGAGUUCAGUUCUUCGGUCUUUCUGGACCACCUUCACAUCGCCGUGGCAGCCACCAGCGAAGGCCAAGACGCUUUCCCCGAAGACAACUACAACGACAUCACCCUCCCUCUCAAAUAUGAAACGGACCUCCUCUUUACAAUAGAUCAAAGCCCCGCCCGCUUUGUCAUCCAAUCCGAAGACGACAAGGAAGACGACGCCUUCCCCGCCUUCAACGUCUCCUUCUACUUGGAGAACCUGUCGUGGUUCUCCGUUGAGGGCGUGGCAUUCAGGGCCCAAUUCUGGGCUGUAAGUCUCCAAGGCAACCAUCUGCUGACCCUCACCCACUGCGGACUGGACCAAGACCACAACAUAGACCAUGACCGGGACCAGCCAGCCGUCUCCUGCGUCUUAAUGCAGCCUGUUAUGCCGUAUCACGCCAGAGCAGAGGACCUGACGCACCUGACGCAAAUGAAUCAGAGUAACAGUGCAAGCAUGUCUGCGAGCUGCAGUGUGCUUCUUCCCGCCUCCAGGCAGGUGAAGUUGACUCUCAGAGGAAAACUCCAGCGACCGGUCCUGCAGAAGGUGGUCUUCAAAACUCUUAAAGUUUUAGUCAGUGCACACGUCCAUUUGGACUCCUCCGGUUCCUUCUUCCUGCGGGAGGAGCAUCCAGUCCGACAGACGGCGGUGGAGCUGAUGAAGGCGCGGGCGUCGGGCGCCGUCUUGGUGGCCGUCAUCUUGGGAAGUUCGGCCGGGGGAUUCCUCGCGCUGGCCGUCAUCGUGCUCGCGCUCUGGAGGUUGGGCUUCUUCUCCAGGAAGAGGCGGCGUCAGGAACAGAAGGAGCCAGCAACCAAUGGGAAGCCAGCAGAGGGGCUGUGACGAUGGCGGCGGCGCGUGACGAUGACUACAUUCUUUGGGUAGAUGGGGCGGCGCUCGGGGAGGACACCUGAGCACACCCCAUCCUGGCCACGCCCCUUAUAGUUACUUCCAUAAAAAUGGCGGCCGGGAGCUCUGACCACGGGCCCCUGAUGGCUGAGGAGAGGUGCGGCCAUAUUGGCCACCGAUUUUGCGCUUUAGCAAUUAGCAAGAAUCUAAAUGAAGGGGCUAACAAAUUAGCAGUGAAAGUUACCAAAGUUAGCGAAAGUUAAAUUUUGUACGGUACAAAAUGUAACUUUCACAAUUAAAACUAAUGCUAACCGAGCAAAGAAAACUAAUCAGCGUUGAGAUCAUCUUGGCCAAAUUAGCUUUCAAGAUUAGCAUCGAUGUUAAAUCAAAGUUAGCUUUAGGAAUUAGCUUUGAUGGAAAAAAAAAAAAGUGGCUUGUCCAAAUUCAUAUUGGUGUCAACUUUGCAACGUUAAUUGGCAGUGAGGUCAACUUCGAAAUGUUAGCUUUCGCGACUGGUGUCAAUUUAGCUGAGCGACCUCCAGCAAUUCGCAUUGUGGGCUUUUGGUAACGCAGCCCCGAAGCCGCACCUGCUUCGUGCUCGAUUGUGUGAAUCUGCAACUCGGAAACCUCCAACAUUUCAACUGAAAAACCACAAACAUCAAGAACAUUUUCAGAAUGGAAAAAAAA